AUGCACGGCGCAGUAAACCACCUGCCGUCUGGAUCUCACCCCGAAGAAGCCAUCGAUUACGAUGGAGUCCAGGUGGUGUUCCACUCGGCUUCUAUUCCCAACAACGACUGCCAUUCCCAUGAAACGCCGACACCGUCCAAAGAAGAGAUCGAGCAGGAGACCAUGGACCUCCUCCACGAGUCCCUCGAGCAGCUCGCCGAGUGGAGCGAGCUCGCAGACCGCGACGACGGCGUCCUCCGCUUCCCCCCCAGCGUCCUCCGCGCCGCGGGGAUCCAGGACGACGGGCUGUGGGACGAGGCAUACUACGACGACGAGAGGGAGUUCUACAACGAUGACCUCGGUGAUGGCUCCAUGCAUGUCACACCCAGGUAUGACUACAGCAGCGACGAUGAGCCAGGCAGCGAUCACGAGGAGAUGUCAGAGAGUGGGCAUGAAUUCAGCCCCGAGAUCGGUGCGCCGGGGGAGGGGGCGGCCGGCAAUUGGAAGGACGUGGCCGAGAAGAAAAAGAAGGAUAACACACCGAUAUUCAUCAAGAGGCUCAAGGAUUACCAGAUAUUACCGAAUUAUAUCAAGGAUGCGAUGACAUCACUCAAAAGCUUUCAAAUCAACCAUGAAAUCGACAAACUCAUGGAAAAAUGUGAUACUCUGAAACGUCGUUAUACCAAACCUCUUGGAGGAAAAUUCAAAAACAUAUAUUACAGUGAAUUUCUGAGUAUGACACGAAAACUAAAUUUUGUCAUCAGAAGAAUGUCAUACCUACUACGCCAUGUCAAUAAUCUAGAAAAAGGGAAGGUGACCGACCGAGAUGAAUACCAAAAAAACAUCAAUACGGCACGUAAUGAACUAAAGGAUACAUACAAUGUCAUGAGAUACGUAUCACUUAUCUUAUUUGCCAACAAGAAUGGUCGAGACGAAUUCAUCAAAUUGAUGAAAUCCGAGUACAAGGACGAAGAACGAAAGGAAAGUGUCAUGAAACAUUUUAAACUCCCUAUAUGGGAAAAACCACAGGGUGAUCUACAUCAUAUUGCACGUGAAAUCUUAACGGAAGAGCAGAUAAACUCUCACAACAUUUAUUAUAAGCGGAUGUAUCUCAGGCAUGAUUAUGAAAAAAACAGACAUGAGAUAGAUGUAUUGAAAAACACCUUAGAUGAAAUGGAUGAGAUAGACAAGAGCAUGGAUGCAAGCGACGAUUUCAAACAAUUCAUAGAAGACAACUCAGAACAUAUUGCAACCAUCAAGGUCAUAACGUCUAUCCGGUAUAUGCUCCAAUGGGCGAAGAUAGACCAUGUCUUUGUAGAAGGAUUCAAUGACAAGAUAGACUACAGCAUACUCGAGGACAUCGUCCGCGGAAAUCCUAUCGGCGCUAUUCCAAAGGAUGAAGCCGAGCUCAAACAAGCCCUGAACAUGCACCAAUCCACAUACAACCAAUACAUCAAAGAUCUGGACACGAAUGCAGACAAAGAGAUACAGAGAGAUAUACAACGCAUGAAGAGCAAAGAACCCUGGAAUCAAGGGGAAUUCCAGAAAAACAACAAAGAAGAUUUCAACAUAACACCACAAUACAUGUUCGCCGCGAUGAUAAAGGGAAAGCAAAAGUACGCCGACACUACAGACAUCAAAGAUAUCAAACUUGACAUCCAAUCCAGGAACGACCGCCGGGUGAAGAAGAUCCUCAAACAAGUCCACGGAGCCUACGCGGGCAACGUGGAAAGGCUACGAUUUUGCAAGAGAUACACCCACAAGGUCUAUAACAUGUGGAUGAAGGCCACGAUGACUUCAUCAUCCCUCGACAUCGAUCCAUAUCGAGUCAACAUAAGGGAGAUCAAACAGGAGCUGUAUGACAUGAAGCCUUACAUGGCGGAUGUACAGCCAGGGCACAUGAAGCGCUUCGGUUCGAACCUGCUCAACGCAAUCAACGUGAAAAGAAUCAUGAAACAACAGAUGCAACUAGACGCACACAAAGAUGUCUGGAAUACCAAGGUUAACAAUGCAAAACCUACCGAUGACUACGGUAUGAUCAUACGCAACAGCGAGGCUGUUAAACUCUUCAAAGAGGCAUUGCCCCUCAUUCUAGCAGCCAGGAUAAACACCAUCAAGGCGCUCAAUGUCAUCCUCAUGCCCAGCAUCAAGAACAACGAUCAGGACGCCAACUCCAAGAAAGUCUUCCAACGCUACAUGCUGGGUAUGAUCGAUGCUCUGCUGGGUCAAUCAUCGAUAGAAGUUCCUUUGGAAUAUCAGAGAGGCUAUGGUGAAUACCGAUUGGAACCCAACGAAUACAUGAUGAAUGACAUUAAGACAACGGUCGAGCCGGAUUCCUUCACGUUCAAGCAGAUGGAACAGCUAAAGGACUACCUCCACCUCGAGCUACCCACUGUCAAAACAUGGCUCAGUGUACACGAAUUCAAUGUUAAUGCAGAACAGAACAACGACAUAAUGAACGUACUUGUAAGGGCACCUGGGUACAUAGACGACAUAAAAUCCACCAUACAGACCAUAUAUGAAUUUACGAAGUUGAUGGUUCUGUACCAAUUCGGAAAAUGGAUCGACAGGAACAUUGAAACAUUCACCCAGAUGGAUAACAGGGUUAUCAACGAAAACAUAAUCAAGGAAAACAUAAAAUCAUACCAAUCUUCCAAGCAGGAACUCCAAAAAAAUCACAGAAAUGUACUGGAAAAAUUAAAAUUGAUGACGAAGGUUGUUAGUGCAUUGAACAAGAAAGAUUGGAGCGCAUUGAGCUCAAAUGAGAUCAAUGAGAACGACAGGGAAAAGCUCAAGCAGGAGCUCAACAAGGAAACGAAACUCAUAGAGAAAAUUAUACAGCAUAGACACAACCCAAUACAGCAGAAAAAUCCCUUUCAACGCACAAUCCCAUUGAUGUCGGACAAGAACAAAAGGACGGACCAGGAUUCCAGCCGGUCCAGCAAAAAACCAAGGCUCGAAUGCAUCUUCUCCCGCGAUAUCCACAGGGAUAUUGAAGACCCGAACGGUAUCCUCCUCGGCGAUGCGUGGGGCUACGCCGCGGAGAUGGGGGAGAGCGACAGCGACAGCGAAGACGAGUGUGACGAUCAAAAGGGUGUCUCCGCCAUGUUUAUUGGCAUGCCUGUUGCAGUCACUAACAACGCAAAAAGAAGAAGGAACAGAAAAAACAAGGACUUGCAGCCAAGACGGAGGUACAACAGUGAAAUUAUGAGAUACAGGAGUGCUGUGUCCAGACUGAAUGGGUUGUUACUUCAACUCAAGAUAUCCCUGGACCAGUCCACCACUAACCUGCAUAAUAUAGAGAAACAUGGCAUCGAUCGCGUCAUUGAAAACCGGAAAAAGUUUAUGUCGAAAAUCACGGAAGUAUCCAACACCACACGGUACAGGGACACAAGUCCCAAAAGCACGCUGAUUGAACUGUACAAUUUCGCGGUGGGUAAACAGAACGAAACAGCCAAGCAAGCCAUCGUGAAGUACAUCAUGGGCUGCAAGAUGGUCAUAUCCGUCGUCAUGCAGCGCGUGCUUAAGAUCCUCGUCAUCCAGAGCGUCAACUACCAGCACAGCGCGAAACAAUUCAAGGAAUGUUCCCUGCACCUCAACCCCAAGGUGAAGAAGCUGACAACCAGCCUGUACAUCAAUACAAGAAGGCUGAUCAAGGAAGACGAUCCGCUCAAAAUCGUCCGCCUCAUGCCCUACGUCAUCAACUCAUUCGUCGAGAUCAUCAAGGGUAUCUACUACGACUACCGCAAGAAACUAAGGAUAACACUACAGCAGGAGGCGAUACUUUCCUUCAUCCUCCACAACCAGACAUUCCUGAACCCCUUCACGCGCAUGACCGUACAAACGACAAACAUGGAUACCACCAACCUCAUGAACAUCGUGACGAACUUCGAGCACAUGAUCCAGGUCAUCCUGGCCGGUGAGGACGACAAAGCCGCCGACCUGGAGAUAGCCAGGCUGCCUGGCGCGGCGGAGAACGACAAGCCCAUGCUGACAUGGUCCAUGCGCUCCUGGGAUGACUUCUACGUCACCCUCACCAACGCCCCAUUGACGGAAGUGAUCGACAAGCUGACACCGAUGUCAGGAAUCACUAAGUACCCAAGGCUGGACGGAACGUUACGGGAAAAUUCACUUGGCAUCAUCAAAGAUGUUGCUAAAAAGCAACAAGUCUCAACAGAUCAUAUGGAAACUGUGAUGAAAAAUCAUUGGGAAGAUACCAAGAAGAAGAUUAUCGAUAAACUCAAUGAAAUAUUUACCAUGGAUUACCAAUUUACAUACAAGACAGCAUUAGGGACAGCAAUCGUACCACCCAACAAUAUUCUGAAUUCACUCGUUUCUCAGUUGAAGGAAACAUGGCGAAUUUACAAGGAUAUUGAUUCUGAACUUAAAAAAUACGCAUACCUGAAGGAUAUAACAAAUGGCAUUCUCUUACAGAUGUCAACGAUAGAGAUCAAUGCCAGUCAACUGAAAAUGAAUGAUGUCGAUUCAUUUAUUAAUUUGAGGGCAAUGCUCAGUUUAUACACGAAUGCUCUGUACAACAUGGAACUGGCGUAUCAGAAGGGAAGGAUUCAGUCUAUUGAUUUAUCUCCUCACUCUCCCACAUAUUCCCCUCCUUCUCCCACAUAUUCCCCUCCUUCUCCCACAUAUUCCCCUCCUUCUCCCACAUAUUCCCCUCCUUCUCCCACAUAUUCCCCUUCCUCUCCCACUCCCAUGCACGCCAAACUUGGUGCAGAUGGAGAUGGGAUGGAAGACAAUGCAAGCGAGAAAGACAACGAAAGUGAGCCUGACAUGGAACCGGAAGAGCCUGACAUGGAACCCGAUAACAGACACCAUACGCAGAUGGAUAACGACCCCGGUGUCAGAAAGGCCCACGAUCAAAGAGGGAUUGGAGGGAAGAACACAGAUGAAGAUUCUAAAGCUUCCAACGUCAGAAAGCACUCUCCGGGUGUACUCCCCGGAUUUGUGAGAAAGGAGGAAGCUUCUAACUCUCCCAAGCCGUCCCGCGAUCAAGAGAUUGACCACGAAAAAGUAUGGAACCCACCCCAUACCAGAGGGGGUCACAAUCGCGGAGGGCUUCUAUAUGAAGAUCCUGAAGCUUCCAACAAGCGCCCCCGAUCUCCAAGCCCCGCCCACAGCCACCCCUCCUCCACCACGUCGGUCAGCAGCGCCACACCCUGGAAGGUACACAUCAUAGGAAUUCUUCAUACCCUCCCUAAGGAAGACUUCACCCGUAUCCUGCACAUCCACCUCGACCGCGACAGCGUCGUGAAGUACCGCUUGAAGCAAGUCCUACCCAAGUUAGCAUACAAUCAGCUAUACGUCACGCGGAGCAGGGUCGCGCGGAACAUGCAGGUUGUCAAAUACAGUUCAGGGAGUGCAACCAUCGUUGUGAGCGGCAAGGUCUUCGCUGAAAUCUUGAAGAAGUCCAUCGAGAAUAUGAAGAACAAUCACAAGACAGAGCUAUUCGGCGACAACACCCCAGAGGUCAGUAUCGAAGAGUCCAACUGGGACGGAGUGCUGCACCGCUGGGUGUUCCGAUACAUCCGCGCCCUGCACAAGUUCACGCUGAACAUGGCCUAUGUCAUCAAAUCGCUGAAAACAAACGAAACUGCAAAGGCCAAAAACAAAAAAUCAAGCUACUAUAUGCAAAGGACCUCCGACACUUGGUACACCAUCGUGAGCCACCGGCUGAGGCACACCGAGCUGUGGACCCCUGUGUCUUUCUUUGACCACCUAUCCGCCGAUAUGUACUUCCCGUGGUACUGCAUCGAGAAUCUCCCUGGGAAUAGUUUAGAGGACAUUGUCGUGCAAUUCCAGAAUUUCUACAGCUCCAACCUCAUCAACGCGGCCUACACCGCCAUCACCUACAACCCAGACAAUUACGAAAUCGGCCGGAAGCCACCCACGGAUGGCAACUACGACCUCAUCGACAUGUAUGGGAGCUUCCGGGAGCGGGACAUGCGGAAGCAGAUCCGCAAGGGAUUGCAGGAGAAGAAGAAGGCAUGGAACGAACUGAUGAUCAAAUGGAAGCCUGAUGGGAUCAAUGCACCAUGGCCCUUUACACCCACCGUCAAUAAGCUUCUGAACCACACAAGACAGAGUGAUUACAACAAGGAAUCCUACGAGCUCAUCCUAAAGUCAUCCAACCUGAUCGAUGCACCCCAGUAA